AUGGCGCCGUUGAUUUAUAUUGCAUCGCCGGUCUGUCGUCAGGCUGUAAACUGGAUCUCGGAAAGGGCCAAAGCCGAGAUACGUGCCGCUGUAUUCUACGCCGGCGUUUCACUUUCACGUGUGCGGAAACAGAACCGCGCGGCCGGCCCGGGGAGCGGCCUCUGCGGCCCUUCGUGGCCGGCCGCCCGCCGCGGCUGCCCCCGGACCUGUGGGGCGGGCAGGCGCUGCCGCCGCCCCCGUCCUACCAGGAGGCCACGGCGGCGCCGCCCCCAGUUUUUCCAGACGAACCACCACCCCGCUACUCGGUGGCGUCAGGGGACGCCAGCGCGACGCCCGCGGCCAGAGGUGACGUCACCAGCACGAGCGGUCCUCAGCAGCAGCAAGGCGGAGCGGCGGUCCACGUCUGACCCCACCUGCGAAACUCUGCCUCAGCAGCGGCGCCUCAGUUUUUCUUGUCCGCGCGGCUGCAACACUACAAACUGUGACCUUGUGUUCUCACGUGGCUUCCGUGUGACUCGUCGAAUGUAA